CACCCUGCGCCUUCCCCUGCUGGCUUCAUGCGGACCCUUGAGCCCACGCUCACGGCCCCUGGGCUGGAGAGGCUGUCCAAUCCCAGAAGCUCCCACUGAAGGACCAGAAUGACCGCUACCUCUGUUCACAGGGUCACCUUUGACCUUGAAAGUCAGUCAUUCUUAUACAUGAACAACUUCUGACUCAGAAAAACAGAGUAUACACACCAAUUAGACACAAAUUAAUGCUGCUAUAAAAGCAAAGCAGAUAUCACAGCCCUGGUUUCCAAACCCUCUCCCUUCAAUUUUCUGCCACGUUCUUGUCAAUCCGACUGCUCAUAGCAGAGCGUCGGGAAACAGCCUGAGUGUGGUGCCCUUGAGAGCUCUACCAAAAAGGAAACACAGAGGCACACGCACUGCAGGCGAAACCUGCACACAGGACCCCCAGGACAACGGCUCGGGGCCUUCUCCCCACCGGCACCUCUCACCACGAGGUCAGGCUCAUGGCCUCCUUCAGCCACCCAGGACUUGAACUUGAGAAGUGGGGACAGAUGGAGUGUCUGGUAACCCAAGAAACUCUGCCUACCAGAGGCACAGGUCGGAUGGUGAGUAAAUGCCUUUCCUCAAGAAAGAGAUUCCGGAGAUUGGGAGGGCGUGAGAAAUAAACAGAGACUUGUCUGACCAAGGGGGCCUUUUCCCGGUUGAAGUCACCAUCCCAGCACCACACAAGAGGCCCCUGGACACCCAUCAGAGGAAGCCCUCAGCCCCUCCAAAGGCUUCUGGGUGGAAUCAGUCCAGGCCCGGCCAGCCUUGCGUGGCUGACAAUCAGGGACAGGGUCCAGGGUCUGCUCCUGAGGGUUGGGGAGCCUCCCCCUAUGGCUGCAGCCCCUCUGUCCACACGCAGGGCACGCGGACACCACGUGUGCCCUGCACCACAGAGAGCUGGGCCCUGCACUGUGACUUGUCCUCGAGCCUGGCCUGGAAAGGGGGCGGAUGUAAGAUGGGGCUACGGCGGAGCAGAGAACAGUUUGGAGGUUCCUCGACUGAUGAAACACAGGACUAUCACGUGACCCACCAGGCCACUUCUGAGUGCAGUCACGUGCCACUUAACGAUGGGGACACAGCCUGACAAAUUUGUCGUUAGGCGACUUGGUUGUGUGAACACCACGGAGGCACUCACACGCUGGAUGGCACGGCCCGGCACGGGGCCGCCCACGGCACGCCCACGGCACGCCCACGCCCUACAGUACAUCACUGUCGCACACGCGUCGGCGUUGGCCCGAACGCCAUCAUGUGACACACGACUGCAAAUCGCACCACACCCGGAAGCAGGGGUGCAAAGCAGCAUUUUCCCAGGGACCUCCGGGCAGCAUAGCUCACAACAGGCAGAGGUGGGCCUCCCAGCCCCCUCCCACGGCGUCUCCUCUCCUCAGGUCCCCUUUUCUCCAGGAGGGGUCUCCAGCCCUGAGCUGCUGCUGUGCGAAUGGCUCGUAAGGACACACGUCCUUAGGCUGCCUGGCAAUGAGCUCAGAAAACCUUGUGAGUGUGCAGGCUCCUCCCCUACUUCCUGCUUCCCCACCACCACCAGUGCCACCAGCCUUAUUAUCAUUCCACUCCAUCUGAACCUGCAGGUUGACGACGUCAGUGUGACAGUGAACCUGGAGGGAGAAGGCCAGCCUCAGGAGGACGACAGGCGCCCUCAGCGAGCGGCGAGAAGGGCACCUGACACUCACUUGGGAGACAGCCUCCCCCAGGAAGGCCCCAUGCCAGGCCUGAACAGGGACAGUGACACAAGCUCUCACUCAGGCUUGGCAAAGGGACAAUGUGACACGUGACUGAGGCAUGAGAAGACCAAGGUGCUCCCAACCCCUCUUUCCACUUGACCCUGUACGUCUCACUUAGGGGCUGGGAAGACAGCGGGUUCACAGAGGGGAGAAGGGAGGGUCCACGACCCACCCGAGGUGCCGUCACUCGGGGCCCUAAGGGGUCAGAGCCCCUGCAGGACGACCCUGCAGCCACACCGGCUCGGGGCAGGGGCGGG